UUUGCCAAAUUUUUCUUGCUAUGGCUGCAGAUGCCAGUUAAAAAGAAGAGUAUCAAAACAUUCAACGCUGCAUGCACGUAAAUGUCCAAUCAGUAAGACAGCCACAGGAGCGCUGAAGCCUAACUAUAGAAAGGAAAACAAACAUGGCGCGCUCAGUGUAUUGGCCUCAACAACCGCGAAACAGUAAAACUUUAACAGUUCCGUUAUAGAGAUGAAAAUGUUAUUGGGUUUCAAAAAUUAAUGAAAAGUUAGUCGGGAUUUUUAUUGCGCCCUAGUUCAAUAAUAGGCGGCUAGGGUAUUUGCGUCACUAUCCGCAGAACAAAGCGUCCGCAAUUACCGAAACGGCUAACGAUCGGAUAGGUCGCUGGAGGGAAAGUGCGAUUGCAUAACCAAUACCACAGGCAUACCAAGAAAAAAAGAUCAGUUUUCUUUCUAUGCACUAUGCGCAAAUGCGUUGAGUAAGCGAUUCGCUCGAAAUUAUUGAUAUGGAAACGUCUUUUUUUUUUUUUUUUCAGUGGAACUCCACGAUUCUGAAUACGGCAUGAUUGCUUCGCGGUCUGUGACACUGAGGCCCGGCAAGCAGUGCAUCUGCUACCUCUCAUGCCACUGCAGCUGUGGAAAUGAGAGCCUCUCCUGCCACCUCAUCACCGAACUGGACGCCCUCAAGGCUGGCAUCUACAAGAGCCGCGCCACGAGAUCCAGCACCAAGAGGCGCCCUUAUGACGGCGUCAAACAAUUCCUCAUUUGGUUCCUCGUGGCGAAACUUGCUGCCGGGUUUCUGAAGGCCUGUCUCGGGUGCCUGGGCUGUGAACGCGUUGGCCAGUUUGGCUUACAUUCCUUGAUAUACGGCAAAGGCCACCUCAAGCACUACUACGAACCCGAAAUUAGGAAGUACACUGUGCAGCACGACAGAGAAGGCCACCCCAUUCACCCAAAAACGAAGCUACGUAUGAGAGUGAUCAGCUACAAGACCGAGUUCCUGCUCAACGUCUUCUUCUUCAUCAUCUGGCCUGUGCUGCUCUGCAGGAAAAGCGUCGAUAGGGGGUCGCCUUCCAAGUACCAGUACCAUGUUCUUGACAGCAGCAGCACUAGCCUUGACGAUCAGUCGGCUCGCAUCACGCGACCCACAAGCGAAUUCAUCGUGCCAACAAAAUUUAUCGACGAGAGAAGAACGCGUUCGCAUACUUAGGAAAAGAAACCGCAGGAUUCGUGUUGGUUUUUCUUUUUCUGUCAUGCACCAGCCUUCUUAACAUUCUCUUCAAGAUCAGGGCCCUUGCGCUUCAAUAUAAACAAUUGUAAAUAGUAUUCAUUUCUUCAGUUAUAGGUGGCGCCCGUAUUGAAAAGAGAGCAAACAUUUCGACUAAUUAAGGUAUUCCAGAAACUUGGAGCGCAGCAUUCUAUGUCGAUGAUUCAAUAUUCAUGUAAAUUUUCUUGUUACAAGACGGUAUCCUUAGUUGUGGGCGAACAAAGACUAGGUCGUUUCAGAACAAAGAUCAAACAGCAGCUCGAAUUAAGUUAUGCGAUUUAUGACGGCUGUGUGCACAUCGCUAUUCGAGGAUUAUUUUGAUAAAACACUGUAAGCCAAGCUUUUAGUUAUAAAUAAAAAAAGUGCAUGAUUUGUGUCGGAUCUUCGGAGAAAAUCACGACACGAAUCUGUUCACAAAUAUCUAAUAACAGUAGUUCGCCUUGCGCAAUGGUGUUUCUGCUAAAGUCAGCAGAGGACUGCGGUUUGAAACUCGA